AUGGCUAACGUUCUGUACAGUUUGCCAAACGUAUCGUUUCGUAUCUCAAUGAGCUCCUUCCGAUCGCUGCCUACUCGUGUUGAAAAUGAGGGCCAAGACCAACCUGAAGUAUCCAUGGCGGAACGACGACGUGGUGGCCAUUUUGAACUCGUGCAACAUCAAGACCUCUUCACAUAUCGAUAUGCCGAAAAUGAUCGCCGACAUCUAACCGUCCCAGGCUUCACAUGGCGCCAGACAGAAUUGCAUCAGACCCUCCGCCAAGGUACGUUGAACAAUUUGGACGGCUUGGCCUCCACUCAGGACAACUCUCAGCAAUUGUGGGAAAGCGGUUCGGACUGUGAUAGUGACAAAGAAAACCAGGAUCCCGAGAGACGAUCUCAGGGAAUGAUUUCUUUCGAGGGCGGAAAUUGGGAUGAAGACAGUAGCAAAGAAAAUCGAGAUCCAGAGCCUCGAGAUGGCGAAGACGGAGUCCAUCGAGGCCAAGAUUCGAGAGAAAGCUCCACUGAAACCCCCCCUGUCCGAGUUUAUGAGGACUCCAAGCGCCGAAGACUGCUCCACGCAUUGUCGGACAAAAGCCAGGUGGGCACUGGUAUCGCGUCCAUCAAGCAGGCUGCAAAGACAAAGGUCUCUCGAGCGAUUCGAAGUGUGAGUGACUCUAAUCUCAUCGGAAAAGUGAGCAACCUCUUUUCAGGACUGAGCUUGGGUAGAAACGCUGUCGAUGGGAAAGAGGCUCGACGUGUUGUCAGUGCUCCGGCAGAACUCUUUCCUCGAGUCGCGAAGCGGGGUGAGAGGAAUGAAAUGGGCACCGCUCGUCAUUCUCGUGUUCUUGCAGGCCGAAAUGAUGCAAUAGCAUCAGUUUCUAGGAAGCCAUUAUGUGAGAUUUAA